CUCAGCAAAGCAGACACUCCGUCGCCUUUUGAUGACGUAUGCAAUUUCAAUUUACAGAGGAACUGCCACUGGUUUCGUUGAAGCAUUUUAAAAAAAAAUCAAAAACACACACUUCUUCCCGUCAAAAAGGCUGGGAUCUUGGAUGGAGUGAAUGUUGAGCCCCAAUGAGAUGACUGACCAGGGCAACAACAACCAGAACAUCUCCUGCAACCCCUUUGCUGCCCUCUUCGGCUCUCUGGCUGAUGCCAAGCAGUUUGCGUCAGGCCAGAAACCAGAUCAAUCUGCUGAACCACCAUUGGAGGACUCGGCAGAGAGCCAGUCAGAGUCAGAGAACUCUGUGUCAGACAGCGUUGAUGACAAUGACGACUCCGUGGCAGAGAUCAGCCGCUCCUUCCGGUCCAGGCAGGAGCUGUGUGAACAGCUCAAUGUCAAUCACAUGAUCCAGCGAAUAUUUCUCAUCACCCUGGACAACAGUGACCCGAGUCUGAGAGGAGGUAAUGGGAUCCCUCGCUGUGUUUACCUGGAGGAGAUGGCCGCAGAUCUGGAUGGACAGGACUGGCUGGACAUGGACAACAUAGAACAGGCUCUGUUUAACCGUCUGCUGGUACUCGAGCCAGGAAACAACCUCAUCUACAUGACGUCAUGCAGCGCUGUUAACCUGUCUGCUGACCGUGAUGCUGGAGAGAAGUGUGCCAUCCCUUACCUCUUUGCUUGUUACCAGAGGGCCAAAAUAGAGGUGAAGAAGGUACCAGAGAAGUUACUGUCGUUUGCUGUGCGUUGUAAGAACCUGACAGUUUCCAACACACGGACAGUUCUGCUCACCCCGGAGAUCUACGUCAGCCAGAAUAUCUACGAACAGCUUCUGGACCUUUUGCUGGAAAGUUUCAAUGGCACACAGCCAGAGGAUGUGGUCGAGUUUGUGGAGGAGGUCAUUGCUGGCCUGCUCUCUGACCAGGAGGUGCGCACCUUCGAGGAGGUGAUGGUACCAGUGUUUGAUAUCUUCCAGGGACGAAUCAAAGACUUGGACCUGUGUCAGCCUCUCCUCUACUCCUACCUAGAUGUUCUGCUCUAUUUCAGCCACCACAGAGAUAUUUCCAAGGUAUUGGUGGAACACAUUCAACCCAAAGACCCAGCUAAUGGUUUGCAGUACCAGAAGACCCUACUGGGAGCAGUGUUGAGUAUCUCCUGCUUGUUGAAAACCCCAGGUGUGGUGGAGGGACAUGGCUACUUCCUGAACCCCUCCCGCUCCAGCGCCCAGGAGACAAAGGUCCAGGAGGCCAACAUUCACCAGUUCAUGGGUCAGUUUCAUGAAAAGCUGCACCAGAUCUUGAAAAAUUUGCUCCAGCGAUCGGGUGAGACACGCCAUCUGCUGCUCUUGUGGUUGGGCAGCUGCCUGCAGGCGAAUGCUGGCCGGGCCAAAAUAUGGGCCAAUCAGAUGCCAGAGAUUUUCUUCCAGAUGUACGCUUCAGAUGCGUUCUUCUUGAACUUGGGCGCAGCGCUGCUGAAGCUGUGCCAGCCCUUCUGCAGGCCGCGGUCACCCAAACUGCUCACUUUCAACCCCACCUACUGCGCCCUCAAAGAGCUGAGCGAAGAAGAGCGGCGCAAUCGCAAUGUUCACGUUACAGGUCUCGACAAGGAAACCUGUUUGAUCCCUGUGCCCCCUCAGCAGCCGAUGGAGUCUGCGCAGUCCUACAGCCUACUGACUGAAAACCUCAUCCUCACCCAACUCACCCUGCACCUUGGCUUCCACAGACUCCAUGAGCAGAUGGUGAAGAUGAACCAGUCCCUCCACCGGCUCCAGGUGACAUGGCAGGAGUCCCAGCGAACAGGCAACCCGAUGUCAGAGCAGCUCCUGGAGCAGUUUGAGCGUCUGAUGAUUGUUUACCUGUCAACCAAAGCUGCCACCACGCAGCCUGCAAUGCUGCAAUGCUGCCUUAACCUCCAAGCUUCCACGGCUGCUCUGCUGGUUCAGCUUGGUGUGGGGAACCAGGGGCCUGAACAUGUAGCACUCAGUUUCCCCCUGUCCUCGUUACAGAAUACUGUGCUCUGCUAUGUACCAGAGUUUUUUGCAGAGAACUUGGGAGAUUUUUUCAUCUUCCUGCGUCGAUUUGCUGACGAUGUUUUGGAGAGUUCUGGAGAAAGUCUGGAGCAGAUUCUUAACUUCAUCACUGUCUUCAUGGGCAACGUAGAGAGGAUGAAGAACCCUCAUUUAAGAGCAAAGCUUGCAGAGGUCUUAGAGGCGGUGAUGCCCCACAUGGAGCCGGUGACUCCCGGUGCUGCUCAGCCAAUCGUGUUCCAGCGAGAGAGAGUCUUCUGCUCUUAUAGACAUGCAGCUCAGCUGGCUGAGUCCCUCAUCACUGUGUUUGUAGACAUUGAAUUCACAGGUGAUCCUCAUCAGUUUGAACAGAAAUUCAACUACAGACGACCCAUGUAUCCCAUCCUCAAGUACAUGUGGGGCAAAGAUACCUACAGAGAGAGUAUCACGCAUUUGGCGCACUAUGCAUCUGAGAACCUGGAGGCCAUGAACCCCCCUCUGUUCCUCAGGUACCUCAACUUACUGAUGAAUGAUGCCAUCUUCCUACUGGAUGAGGCAAUUCAGUACCUGAGUAAAAUCAAGGUUCUGCAGUUGGAGCGGGAUCGAGGUGAGUGGGAAGGCCUGGCCCCCGAUGCCCGAAGAGAGAAGGAGUCAAGCCUGCAGAUGUUGGGACAGUUGGGACGCUUCCACAACAUCAUGUCUAAUGAGACCAUCGGCACACUGGCCUUCCUCACCUCAGAUAUCAAGGGGAUCUUUGUGCACCCCUUCCUGGCUGAGAGGAUCAUCUCUAUGCUGAAUUACUUCCUUCAGCACCUGGUGGGUCCGAAGAUGGGUGCUCUUAAAGUCAAGGACUUCAGUGAGUUUGACUUCAAGCCCCAGCAGCUUGUUUCGGACAUCUGCACCAUCUACCUGAAUCUGGGUGAUGAGGAGAAUUUCUGUGCUACAGUUCCAAAGGAUGGACGAUCGUACUCUCCUACCCUCUUCACCCAAACAGUUAGGGUACUGAAGAAGAUAAACAAGCCCGGGGACAUGAUUGUGGGUUUUGGACUCCUUGCUGAUAAAAUAAAGUCCCAUGCAGAUAGACAGCAGCAGGAAGAGGAGACAUAUGCGGACGCCCCAGAUGAGUUCUUGGACCCCAUCAUGUCCACUCUGAUGCUAGAUCCUGUUCUUCUCCCUUCCUCCAAUGUCACAGUUGACCGCUCAACUAUAGCAAGGCAUCUCCUCAGUGACCAGACAGACCCUUUCAACCGCAGUCCUCUAACCAUGGACCAGAUCAGGCCAAACCAGGAACUCAAACAGCAGAUCUUACAGUGGCUGGAUAAACAUAAGCAGGAGAGGCUGCAGCUGGGACCGAGUGGCUAGCCAGCCAGUGAUCCCUCGCUGUGACAAACAAUGACUGCGUCCCUGUUUUCUUUACCGGCUCACAUCUCGAGUGCUCCUCUGCUUCUUGGCUAAUCCAUGGUGUGCUUGCCUGUGGAUUUCUUCUGACUUCUCUGGUCAGACUAACAUCGCAUUAGCCUUUUCAUGCAGCCUUCACGCUCAGUGGAUUCUAUCCGCGACAACAACAGUCCAGCGAACUGUAGCCCGCCAGCUGGUGACUACUUCAGUUUCCUUACCAAUCCAUACAGUAGCUGUUCGACUCCCAUGAUGCCCUAUGGUAACAUAAGUAGGGCGAUUCAACUGCUGGUUCCUUUUCUCCCUGAAUACUGUGUAUUAAUUAGUUAUUAUUACAAUCAGAACUGAGGCCAGAAGUAUCAUUUUCAACAGGACUUGUUGAAUGUACUCUAUGAACUCCUCACGACCACCUGGCCCUAAUCACGUUUUAUACUGCAAGGUAAGCAUUUUUGGGAACUCUUAAGGUAAAACAUGGAUGGAACUGUUUAUGAUUUGAUAUUGAUUUGACCUUGAUGAAGAAAACAUUAUGCACGGCCUUUUGAAGUUCUUGAACACCCUACAUUUCAGCUCUUGUGGUCAAAUAUCAAGCAGCAUUGUAAAUAACAUUUGCAAUUAAAGGCAAGGCAGAGGCAAAACUAUUUUUAAUUGUGUGGGACUUUUAUUUUAGUGGAAAUAAUUGUUCAAAAUCGUGUUCACUGUAUUAAGACACCUAAAGCACAAAACCAUACUGUGAACACUAUUUCUCUGUAUUUUAACAUCUAUACUAAAGUCUCUUCACAUCUUCACGUGCACCUGCUUUAAUCAAGCACUAAUUACAAAGUCAAUAAUGGGAUCUGAGAGCUUGCUAACUAAUAGGUUGUUGGAUAUAAGGAUUUAAAACUCUGUUUCAAAAGUGUGGCAUUGAUGGACACUAUUGUUGAGUUUGCUUCCACUACAAAUGAAUAUUAAUUGACAGUGUAGUAAAGUGUUUAGUCCUCAGAAAAACAUUUUUGCUCACGAUUUGUCUAAAUUGUAGUCACCAAUUUUAGAAAGCUCCAUUCAGAGCUACAGAAGACAUAAUGCAAUUGAGUUUGCCGGCUGAGUAGUACUCCUAAUGACAAGUAAACUGAUCCUCCUGUUUAAAAUCUGUUAAGUGGCCCUUUGAGACUCUAAUCGUUUGCACAAAAAGACUUCUCCUAGCACAGAAAGGCAAGAAGAUACUAUCAAAACACUGCUUUCGAUAUCAAAUUCCAUUUGUUCAACCUGCAGAAAACAUGAUGGCUAUUCCUGAAAUGAUAUGAAAUGUCUCCUAGACUGUCCACCAAAGUCAAACUGACUAGAUCUGAGGAGAAAAAUAAGCAAUGCAUUCUCAAUGCCUAGUUUUAACAACAAUUUUGAGAUGGCAAAUCUAAAUGAACAGCAAGUCUAAACAGCUGCUGAUUUAUCAGUGCAUCUUUGACUGAGCGUAAAUGUUCUCAGGUUGAUGUUUCCAAACUCAAAUCUUGUAGCGAAUCACGUGCUUGCAAACAUAUAUUCUGGCUAGUUAAUUUCCAAUAUGUUUAAAUAUCACAAAGUUUUCUCAAUUUACUCAUAUCCACCUGUAAUUUUGUUCAAUUUUAAGAUCUUUACAAAGACCACAUUUUUUGUGAUUGAACUAAAAAAAGCCCAAAUGUAUGGUGUUCAAUAAUAUUUGGUUGGCAGUGUAUACUGUGUAAUAAUCAUUGUCAUCCUUUAAAUGAACAUUCAGCUGAUUAACAGAUGUAUCCUGAUCUAGCAUUUUGAACUGAUUUUUGUUGUUGUGUGCAAGCAUAGUAUCUUAACAUGUGGGCAAACAAAUGAUCAAUAGAAUCGGUGCCUAAAACCAAGAGCCUUGUCGUAAAUGUCAACGAACGAGGAUCUGACUCGUUUCAUAGUCUGACGAGACAUAAUUAUGAGUUUGUUUGUUUAGGACAUACGGGGAGCUGUGGGUAGAAUACUAAAGACAGAAAAAGAUAACCUGUUUUUGAGUGGCUUUUGAAUUAAAUGUAUUUAAUUCAAAAUCAAGUGUGGUUGUAUAAAAUGAUAAAAUGUGAGAGAAAGAUUACGUAUUUGUUGGCAUGCUCUCAUUCUGUAUGUUGAAUAUCUACCACCUGAAUGAUUUCAUGGGUUAAAUUAUAAUGCAAUAUUUUUGUUUUAAUUGUGAUUAUAAAAUGUUUAUUUUGGAUGUACAGUAUGAUUAAAAACUAAAAACUAAU